ACAGCAAACCUGCGCAUCAACCUUCCAUCCACUAGAGGGCGAUGGAGCAUCAAAAUGCAGUUGGACCAGGCAGGAUCCGAAACUCAGACAGGAGGUUCUGAGGCCUUGUUCCUGGCUUACCUUUCCUCAUAUUUCAGUCCCCAGGGCGGAGAAUGAGAUGAUUGGCCAUCUUUGCGUUUCGUCGUGCAAGAGGCAGGGCUGUCAGAGAAAGCUGUCCUUUUAGGGACAUAAUUGAGGCGGGCAGGACGGCAUGUGUGGGCGUGAUAGGCCGAUUGUGUCAGAGAAAGCAAGAUUGACAGGAGUGACAGCUCCAUUUAUUGGCUGCUAGAGUCUACUCAGCAAAAGGGCAUUCAGGGCCACUGGCUGGCUCUGCUGGCGGCCUGUGCAGUCGGCGCCUGUAAUGCAUGAAGCCAUGGAGUCAUGGUAAACAGCAUAUCUCGCACAGGAAUUUUAUCCAACAUGGAGGAUGAAGAGAUUUCUCCUGUUUUUUAGAAAUGUUGACGUCCAGUGGGUUGCGACCUCAAAAUGUCAAAACUAGAGUUGUGGAGAUGCGAACUGAAAACUGAAGAGAGGCUGCGCCUAAUGGAAAAUAUCUUAAGGCAGUGCUGUUGUCCUUAUAAAUUAAGCUUCUCCAUAUGCAUGAGCAGAAAGGGGGGAGAGAACGUUGGCAGCGGAGGAAAGAAGUGCCAUGGUGGGGAGUCUAAACAAGUGACAGACUGCUGAGCGGCCUCAAAACACGAGCUGUCCAUCACCGAUAGAUUAUCAACGUCACGGUGGAUCCGGCAGGAUGAGUAAGUCAUUUUGUUCAUGUAAGUUAGAAUGAACCUCUCAGACGGUCUGAACUGAAAUGACUGUGGCCACCAGGAUCAAUGUAGUGUGGAUUUCAUGCUUGUCUAAUCACCGUUAUAAGAGAAUGUGCCGGUUCUCUUUCAUCCAGUAUGUUAAUGUAUCUUUCUUAAUGUCCGUAGUGAAGUAAUUCUGUUGUCGAUGCCGUUUGUGUCUCCUAACAGUGAGUCUCUGUGUGCUAAUCUGUUUUAACAUGAAUUAACAAGAAAUAGCUAUGGGGUUAAAAUGAGUCAAAACCUCACAUAGACCCUGUUUACUCCUGGUAUUAAGAUCUGUUUCGGGCCAUUGCAAGUGGACAGCACUAAAUGCAGGUGUAAACAGGGUCCAAAACACACUGAAUUCUGAACCUAUAAAUCGAAUCAUAUUUAAAAUGCAUAUGACCAAACCACAUUUGAAGUAUAAGCACUAAUUUAAUGUGCCCAGACUACUUGUCAAUCACUCAUCAUUAAAUACAGGUAAACUGAGAAUAUAGCUGAGAAUUAUAUGCAUUUGAGAAGCAUUUUACUAGCAGGUAUAGACUUGCCUAAGCACUUGAUUGGAUCAAACGGGACCUUGUUUAACUGAGCCAUAUUCACAAAGCAGAAGCAAGACAGUAUUGGUGCACAUGGCACUAUUUGAGUGACCUUUUGUAAUCCCCAGACUGCUUUAAUGAGUUACAGGAUCCACUUUGUUCCAGCCCAGAGCUGCUUCCCUCCUCUCAAUCCUGGAGAGGCCUCUCUUUUACAACCUCAGGUGCUUCUGGAUACACUUAAUGCUCACUGUAUGUCACCUGGGACUGCGUGGGGUCAAACCUUACCUGACCUCUCACUGGUAUCUGUGCUCAGCCAAAAAAAGAAAGAACGAGAGAGUAAGAAAUAGAAAAUGGCCUAUGUGGGACGAAUAAUUUCAUAUCUUUAGAUUUAGAUAGCAUUGUUUUAUUAUACAAGUGCAUUUACAUGUCUUCAUGUGUAAUGCUUUUUAUUUAAUAUUUUAAUAAUCAAGAUGUUUUUUUUUUCAUUUCUUGAAGAGCAUACAACAUAUUAUAUACCCUCGUCCAUUAAAAAAAAAAAUCCAUACAUUUAUUUAAUAUUUUUCUUACAAUACUUUGAUUAUCAUGGUUGAGUGGUUGAGCUUGACAAAUGCAGUAAAUGCUAAAAAUAAUAUUACUUUUUUGUCAUAAUUUUAAGUAUGCAUUAUCUACUUUUUGUAAUGUUAUGUUUUUAGUCAUUAAAAUGUAUUUAUAAUUAAAACACUUUUUACUACAAUUAAUUAAAUAUAAUUUCUAUAGAUUUUGACAUUUAUGAUGUUUUAAUGGUGAUGUCUAUGGUAGUGAUUGUGAUAUUUUAAUUAGUCAAGCAAGUGGGAUGUGGCAUAGGGAAUAAAGACAUUUAAAACUGCAUUUAAAGCUACAUUAUGUAAAAUUUAUGUUAGAUAAAAGUUUAUCAAACAUAUUUAAUAUAGGUGUAAAACCAAAAAUACGGGAUGUAAUGUUUUAAAAAGGUCAUGGGACACUGAAGUGUAGGCUGCUGUAUUUUGUGGAAAGUGUCAGUAAAUCAAAGCUGCUAUUACUAAACAACAACUAAACUACAAUAGCAAGAGGUUAUGAAGAUCAUUAGAAGUAGCUAAUUAUUAAAUUAAUGCUAUUAAUCUCGCUUUCAACAGCAGUUACGAGCUUUACAUUAUUAAAUGCCGGAUGUAAACACUUGCAGCUAUAUAGCAAUCAUCUCAUCGAGACAGAUUAUGAGCUGUUUAUGAUGAAUUUGACGUGUUAGCCACUGUUAAAACUUUUAGAGUCCCCUUUUUAAAACACAUUUUACUUGUAUUUAAGUGUUUCAAGACGCACUCGUGAUGUUGACACGCCAGAGUGUCUUUAACUUUAAUCGAAAUGCCACGAGCGUGAAAGUCAUCAGGCUGUCACGGAUCUGCGCGUGGCCAUGACCGGCAUGAUAAAGAACCGGACGGUAUUUCGGCGAGGAAAACGGCUAAUGGGCGAAAGAUGAGGAGAAAAACAAUAGCAAAGCGCAUCCUGUACAAUGGAUACGAGGGAUACGAAGAGACACCAGAAGACACCGGCGCGAGAGCGAACCACGUCUUCAGUCAAGAACCGGCGAAGAGGAGAAAAUGGAGAGGACUGAAUGGAGAGGACAUCUCAUCUUGUAAUGCUGACUAUAUUAAGUUCAAAACAAAGGCUUUUGAGGUUGACAAGCCCCUUGGAGAUGCAACAAGGGAUGCAGAUUUUACUAUGGAGGUGCUCGGAAGCCUCCAAUCACGUUCAAGGGCGGAGCUUAUCGCCAUGGUGCUGAGUAUGCAGAGGGAGAUGGAUGGCCUUCGAGAGCAAAUCAGGAGCCUAACAGCUUGUGGGAAGUUGGCUCAGACACUCGAGGAGUUGAUCGAGAGGAGUGAUAGAUGGCUGUGUGGCAGCCACGAAGCUGCAACUCCCAGCAUUCCAAGGGAGCCCGAGAGAAGCAGGCCACCCAGUCACAUUUCUCCUCCAACAGUGCUUAGUGGAAGAACAGCUGAAUGUGCAAGUUCAGAGCAGCAGGGGUGUGGUCAGUAUGAGGUCACACAAACAAUGCAAACGCAAAGGAAUGAAACGCUUCUGGAACAAAAAGUUAUCACUGCUGAUCUUCUGGAGCGCUGCAACACAGGGACCACCGCUCAGAAACUCACCAAUGACCUGCUGCGCAGCCUGUACGACAGAGACUGUCUGGCUUCUCACUCAAUCUCAGGCAUCAUUAACAGCAAGCGAGGGACGCCUAAGCCAGCUCUUCCGGCACAUGAGAUCCAGGCCAUUCUGAGGACAGUGCAGCGGUUCUUCCCCGGAAAGACGGAUUCGGAAAUAAAGGGCUACAUUCGACAGAAGCUUCAGAAUGAGGCCAAGAGGCUUCGGAAAAGGCCACACCCAGCUGAUAAUCCAUUGGUGGGCUCUUUUAAGGAGGCAGGAACAACGUUUGAGCAUUGAGUGCUUUUUUGGACAUCCCCAAUGAACUUAAAGAAUUUAAAAUUGACAAUGACUCAAAAUUCUAAUAGUUCAGCAAAGUUCUACCAUCAUUUACUCAGUAUUCAUUUAUUGCAGUUCCAAACCCUUAUGCAUACAGGUUUCGAACGACAUGAGGGUGAGUAAAUUAUGACAGAAUUUCCAUUCUGAGUAAGGCUGCACAGUUAAUCUAAAUAAAACCAAAAUCACUAUGUGACUUAGUGUGAUUAUCAAAUCUUGAAGACUGUGAUUUAAUUACAGUAUAUGCGCUGUGUGUUUCAGAGUGAAACGCAGCACUGUAUUCAUUUACACGGGAGCAGUUCUCAGUUUCUCAGUGUCUCAGUGUCUCAGAGUGACCCGGUUUGCAGUAAAUGUAGCACCACAAACUCUUUGCAUGUGCUGUGAGUUGGGCCUCUUAUCCACCUUAUUCCUGACGAGCCUACUGUGUUUUGAAUUAUGGGUGGCACUUUCAGUUUGGGAAACUUCCAUUCAAAAAGACUGAAACGAAUUAUUUCAAAAUCAUAAGGUCUCCCUACAAAUAAAGCUUAUCUGUCAGUUUGACUGAAUGAGCUGUCAAUUUUCCUUCAUGUUUUAUUUUCCGACAUCAUGAGAAGAUAACGUAACGCUUGGUAUUAUAACGUGACAUGUUAUAACAAGAAUAUCGAUGGCAAGAGCUCUUUUCAGUCGCUGCUUUCUUUUCCUCAUGAUUAUUUUCUUUUAUCCCUUUGCAUUCUGCUGUAAUAGUAUGAAAAAGGACAACAUAUACUGCACAUUUGUGGUCUGUUCUCCCAAUUUAAUUUAUGAUAUAUCUUAUUAAUAAUUCACUGGAAUACAUGAAUAAUCUCUCGUUUUCUCUUCAAAUCCUCACGUCUCAUUCCAGGUUUCUUUUCAUGGGUAAAUACAAUUUAUUAUCUGUCAAAAUGACGGAAAUCACUUUGAAAUAGUAUCACGCAAUGCUGAAGUUAAUGAACAUUUUGGUUGAGGCAACGUAUGUUACAUAAUACAGAUAGCCUAUAUAUUACGUCCAUUAUUGCUGUGGAAAGAGUCACACUUUUGGGGUUAUUCAUGGUCUGUUGAAAGUACCUUGUUGAUGUUUUUACAUUUUUAAAUGUCCUUUUAAUGUUCGAUGGUUGCAGUGUGAGUAGAAUAAUGUUGUCAUAUUGUACCCAGUUUAAAAAAAAACGUAUUAUUGCGUUCAUAGAGGAAGCCUUUCACUGAUUGUUUACAGCUUAACGGAAGUUACACCCAUAAUUCACGCAUGGGGCGUAGGAAUAAGGUGGAUAACAUGCAUUUGGGAACGUAACCAUUGACCCAAACUUGUAAUGAGAAGCCCUUAUAAAACAACUUAUGUCAACAAAAGAUAUUUCCUCCAAAAUAAAUGCUUUUAAAAUUAAGAAAUUAAGACAGCCAUAAAUAUUAGUAAUGUAAUUUUUACAGUUGUACUGUAAAAUAAAAUAAUUAUUAUUGAAUAGUUAUUAAAUACUCUCCCUUAAAUUCUCUUUUUAUUUUACAAUGAAAUGUAACAAUGGUAAUAUUUGUUAUAAUACAUUAUUAUGAACAAUAUUUAAUUCAUUAUUAUUAUUAUUAAUUAUUAAUUUAUCACAUUAAGUUGCAAUUUUUAUCAGAAAAAUACAAAUUUGUGCCGAUCGUGCAGCCCUAUUUUUGAGUGAACUAUCCCUUUAAGGUCGUAUUUGCAAGCUGUAGAGCACGACAAACUAUGUGUGUAUGAUCUUUAUCAUUUUGAUUACACAAAACUGUGACUUUGUAUUGAUUUGAAAUUGCAAAAUGAACCCUGGAGUCACAGUUAGAAGUAGAUGGAAAACAGUAUCUUCGGUGUACCUCCAGCAUCACUGCCAGACGUUAUCACACUGUUUGUCGUGCGCUAAAACUUCAAACGAAGUAGACUAAAGCUGUGAACACAGUGGCAGAUGGUUAAGCAUCGCUCUCCUGUAAAAUUACAUGGAUGUCACUUGGUAGGGGUGUUACAUCGUGAUUGAUGUAGUGGUAUUUUAGUCGAUCACAUGUUGAAAGUGUGCCCCGGCGUGUAAUGUGAAUAUAUUUUUUUGUGUGUAAUGUGAAAUACACACGUGCCUCCUAUAUUGGACUCCUUACCGUGGCCUUAUCAGUCAGAAAACGCAGCAGUACAGUUCUCAUUUCGAAACCACUGUGAUUAUAUCCAUUAAAAAACAAGUUGUCUGUCUUGAA